AUGAGUGCACCGGGUUCUUCUAGAUCUAUCCCGUUCAAAUCGAAGAAGCCUCUGAUGGAUUCGCCGUCUUCGAAACCUCAGACCGGAAACCCUAAUCCGUCUUCUGCAUCUGUGCCCACGCCCAAGCAGCCGGCGGAGAACAUGCUCACCAGAUCCAGAAAUCGAUCUGUUGCUCUAUCCGUGAAAGAGAUUCGCCAAGCCGCUGGAUCUCGUCGCAGAUCUGAGGAUCCGGUGGGUAAGGUUUCAUCCGCCAGGAGCAAGCUCAUAUUUUCCGAUAACGAUUCGUCGUCUUCCGCCUCCAAACGUGUAUGCACUAAUAAGAAUGCCGAGAAGGAGCAACUACCGGAGAAGUACGAGAUUCUGGGAAAGUUCUUCGAUGCGUUGGAUAGUUCGAUCCUGUUGUCGAAACUGCGAGGUUCAAAGCCGACAUUUUCCAGCAUUUCGGCAAAAAUCGAACAUUUAACCGAAAGGAGGUUUCGUCAGAGUCACUUGGCUCAACUCAAACAUAUAUUGCCAGAGGCAAUAGAGAUUAAGAGAGUGUUGAUACAUGAUGAAACAACCAGAUGCAUGAAACCGGAUCUUCAUGUCACACUCAACGCAGAUGCAGUUGAAGAUAGCGAGAAGUCUAAAUCAGAAAGCAAGAAGAUCGCUCUCCGUAAAAUCUUCAGGACAAGGCUCGCAGAUUUCGUUAAAUCUCACCCUCAGGGUGAUGAAGUUCCUGAGGAACCUCUUCCAGAGCUCUACAGUAGAAGGAAACCAAAUGAUGAUUCGAAGGUUGAGGUUAAGAGAUUUAGCUCAGUCAUGGAAGAGAUGGGUUCUAUUCCAGCUGCUCAGUUGAUUUCGUCUUUCAUGAAAGUCCCAUCAUCUCCAGUCAAAACAGCUCCAAGUUCAUCACAAGCUCCAAGCAGAACGAUUUCAAGUCCUGCUAAACCAGCUUUGUCUAAGAUCAACUUAGCGCCAACUCCAGUCAAAUCAGUGUCGACUCCGGCUACUGAACCUUCAACGCCGGCUAAAAUCGACUCAUCACCAGUUAUCGUUGCUUCAACUCCACCUGCAUUCGCUUCAACCCCUGUGCGGAUGUUCAGUGCGUCGCUGGCUUUUCGUACGGAGAAAAGAAGCAUCAGUUGUGCAACUCCAGAUGAUGUUUCUACGGAGCCACCGGUUAAGCUCGCGAGGCGUUCCUCACUAAGCUCAAGGUCGCUGAAGUUUGAUACUUUUACAGAGAGCAAGAGUGGUUUGGAUAUGACAGAUGAUGAAGAAGACGUUGAUCCAGUACCAGAGGAAGAUGUAUCCAGCGAUGAUGAAAUCCUCAGCAUACUUCCUGAUAAACUUCGACAAGCGAUUAAAGAACAAGAGAGGAAAGCUAUCGAGGAUCAGAAUCCAGCUAUAUCACUGGCCAAGAGAAGGAGAAAGAUGAUCGCUUGUCUGCCUAAACUUUUCAAUGUCAUCCAUUACUUAAUCCAAUCAAUAAGGCGUUGGGUUAUCACAAAAGAAGAGCUUGUCCACAAGAUAAUCGCCGGUCAUUCUGAUAUAACCGACAGAAGUAAGCCCUCUUAA